UAAUUUAUUAUCGUUAAUUAAUCGACUAUUCGUCGAUAACCGGCGUAAAAUCCGCUUAAUUUCGAUUAUUUCGAGAAAAAAAGCUCAAUUCUACGAUCUAACGUCAUCUUGAACGCCGAAUUCGCCAACUUUUCCUCACUAUUCUGUAAGUAUUCGUCUGUGGCUCUGCAUCCACCCUGCGAAAGGGUUGCGAAAAUUAAGGGUAACUUGGAAACCCAAAAAUAAAUAAAAAUUUCAGUGAAUUUGGAGUGCAGAAAAUGAAACAAAUUCGGAAAUUUUGGAAAACGUAGUUCAAUCAUCUCAUCCAUCAUGUUCUCGCAUAACACCUCGAAAUUACUCAACCAACGUCCUCAGAUCAACUUCAGCUACCACAUUUCUCCAGACGUAACGAUCGAAUUCCUCAAACAGAAACCUCACGACGACGUAGAAGACGAAAUCCAAUCCGAGGAAGAUGAAGAUUUCGAUUACUUCAAUCCUCUGGUAUAUUGCGCCAUUACAAUGGACGAAGAAGACGAGCCACCCCAUAUGGGCGACCUGAACGCCCCAAAAGCUCCCUCCAAAGUCCCAGACACAUCUGUAAAGUCCAAAAAACCAUCGAAGAGUAAUGAAAACUCAUCGUUCGUCUGUAACAGCGCAGAUACUACCUCGUCAGAUACCGGUGUGAAAAAGAAACGAUUCUCGUGCCAUAUAUGUUCCAAGACUUUCGGCUGGACUACAGAUUUGAAACGUCAUAUUUUAAUCCAUACUGGCGAACGUCCUUUCAAAUGUACAAUGUGUUUUGCAACCUUCACUCGUAACUUCUUGCUGCAAAAGCAUAAGACAAAAAUCCAUCAGUGUUUGUCUCCCAACGAGAUAUCGCAAUUGAACAAUAACGUCGCCAAGAACCUGAUGGAGAUCAAGCUGAAAAUGCGAGAGAUCGAGAACGCCAAAGAUGGCGAGGAUGAGAAUUCCGAAAAACGUAAUAAAACCAAUAACAAGAAACAGAAAACCGAGUAAUAUUGUAAAAAUUAUUGCUGUAUUGUAAAUGGCUUCGGUGUAUUUAUUCAUUGCCAAUAAUCGCAUGUCUUCCAAUGAGAUACAUCUGCGACAAUAAUUUUUUUCCAAUGCUUUUCCUCCAGUUGGGGUGACAAUAAUAAUUCUAUAUUAUCUACCUACGCGUGCUAUAAAUUAAGUUCUAUGUUUUAAGAGUUUAAAUUUACUAUAAACUCCUUUUACGCUUCGAAGCUAAAUUUUUAUCAGUGCUUUCGCAUCGUUUUUAUAUUAUUUAUGAUUGUAAUCGGAGUAAUUAUGUAAUUUCGACAAUAAUUUUUCAUUCCAACUAAGAAAAUCUAUAGGAGUAGAUUUUCCUAAUUACGUCUUCCAGUAAUAAUUAUUUAAUAACAAUAACGAAAUCAAAAUCCGCCGAUUUUUUUUUGUUUGAAUUUUUAAGGCCUUUGUAUUUUACCUUUUACGUUGUGUAUUGUUUCUUGUGUGUGUGUUUUAUUUUAUCGGUUACCUAAUUCUAAGGUUUUAGCUUUGUAAAUAUCUAUUCGUUUGUUUUUCCUGAAUAAUAUUUUAAUCGGUAUUCUUCCAUUGUUGAAAUAAAUGACAAUAAACAUUACGUAACGUUAGGGUUUUAGGUAUUAAGAUUUUAUCGUUGAGCACUGUCGUGUUCCUUUUUAUGUUCUAGUUUUCUAACUAAAUUUAUACUUAUAUAGUUUGUUAAGUAACUAAUCUAUGAGAUCUCUGCGAGUUCGGUGUCCUACUAAGAUCUUUUGGAAUAAUAUUCUCGAUGAGAUAUUUUUUUUUUAUACUUUUAAGUAAAUCCCCAAAAGUUCAUAUCUAGACGAAAGUUCAAAAACGAACAGAUGUUCAUAAGCUGCAAAUUACAAAGGACCAAUAUCGGUUCCAUUAUACUUUUGCAAAAGUCAUUAAGAUAUUGUUUUUUUUUUAGUAUUUUUUAUUAUGUUAAUAUUGAUGUUAUGUUUGUCGAUUGGCUUUUUAAACAUUUAAGUACUACGUUAAUUAUUUUAAGCGAGUGGAAUUUUUUCCAAGUCAUAGUCUACGUUACGAAUCUCUCUUGAUUGAAAGGUGAACUAUGUGUGCUUUGGCUAUUUAAAGCUUUUAUUUGAUACGUGUUAGAUAAGUAUGUUAGGUACUUUGUAUGUGUUCUAAAUUAAUAAUAAUAUAAAUGUUAAGAGAAAACUUUAUUCGAUAAUUUGUUAUUUUAUCGUUAAUGAUUGGCUAUUCGUAGUACAUAAUUAAUCGAAUUUCAUUUUUUUUGCCCUCAUAAAAAAGUUUUCAUCAGCUAAUUACCAGUAAAUGUGGCAUUUAGUGGAAAAAAAUCUCUUGUGUAGUUUCACCUGAUGUCAUAUUACAUUCCUAUUGCACCUCCCAGAGUUUAUUUUUCAUUUCCGUUAUGAACUUUCGAUAAUAUUAAGUAAUUAAUCGACUAAAAAAGAAUUUAACCCAAUUUUCCCUUACUUAUUAACGCGUUUGUCUAUUUACAAUUUAAAUACCUAAAUGAAGUGGAUAACAUAACGAUCCCUGAUAUCGCAAGUACAGAAAAACAGAACAAGCUACAUACGUAUGUAGAAUUGAAUUCGCAACAUUUUAAGCAGUAAUCGAAAUCCUUUGUUUAAUAUUUGAAAAUAGAGUUGUAAUUAUUAUUUAAAAAAAUUCUUGUAAUAAAAUUUUAUGUAAUUUAA